AUUAUGUUUUACAUGCCGAUCUAUAUUUAUUCGCGGAAAUACCACAUCUACUUAUGCACUGAGCGCUUUAGCGAGUAUGAACAAUCAACGACUAAAGAGAUUACACCGAAUUUACCGUAAUAGGUCAAUUGACUGUUGAUUGAGACUAGAAGCACAGAAUGUAAAAAGACUUCACAAUGAAGCGCAAAUUGGAGGGUGUUGACUCCUCUCCUCAGACGUCAGAUGCUGAAAACAGUUGUAGUUCCGUCAUUACCAACAGCAGCUCAGAUGUUCCGCUGGACAGCUUACAAAAUCUCUCCUCGAAGAGGAAGAAGACGAAGACGAAAAAGUCGGUCAAGUUCACUGGGGUGACUGUGUUCUACUUCCCCAGGAUUCAGGGAUUUACCUGUAUUCCCAGUGAAGGUGGAUCUACUCUAGGAAUGUCUGACAAACAUCUGUAUAGUAAGGACUUUUCUUUGCAAGAGCACUUUGUAGAGCAAAAGAGAAUCCACAAGUUGUACUUGGAGGAGCAAAGGCGACAAGGGAAAAUAAUUCCUGAAUUUUUGAUGGAGGACAGUGAGGAGGAUGAGGAUUCUGACUUUGACGAUUCUGAUGAAUACUGUUUCCUUCAACCAUUGACCGUUAGGCAGCGUCGCAUAACUCUUAGACAGUCUGGAGUAAAAAAAAUUGAUAGCACCGAAAAAGAUUACUGCAAGAAAGUUAGAAAUUCACGUGAGUUUUGUGGUUGUGAUUGCAAUAUAUUUUGUGAUCCUGAUAGUUGUGCAUGCAGUCUGGCUGGCAUUAAUUGUCAGGUGGACAGACAGUCAUUUCCUUGUGGUUGUUCAAAAGAAGGCUGUGGAAAUAUAAAUGGUCGUAUAGAAUUUAAUCCGCUAAGGGUAAAGACUCAUUUCAUUCAUACAAAAAUGAGACUGGAGCUUGAAAGGCAUGACACAGAUAUUCCUAUCAAAGUGGAUCACUCUUGUUCGAAAGAAACCCCAGACAAUGUAGCAGAGACUGAGAAAGACAUAUCUUGUAAAAAUGACAGAAAAGAAGCCAUUGACUUAACCGAGUUCAAUAGCAAUGAGCUUGGAAGUUGCAGAGACUGUCAAAACUGGGAGGUUUGUAAUGUUAUGAUGCAAGAAGUAGAGAAUGCAGAAGCCGAACAACAGAGAGCGGUCAUGAAUAUCUACAGCAACACUACGCAGCAGAUGGUAGAAAUCUCCAACACUCUGCCAACAGGUGUCUUAAUGUUUAAUGACAAUGAAGGUGAACUAUAUCAAAGAGAGAGUAGCCAAUCCUAUUACCCUUACAAACAAAAUGUACCUUUCUCUGGAAAUCAGGCGUGUCCCAAUGAAAGCACACCAAAUUAUGUUGAGAGAACUGAUUUUCCUAAAACUUAUCAAAAUCUGUCAUCAUUUCAGAACUCUGUUAGCUGCAAUAGUACAGAAUUCUGUGCUAAUGCAGACAAGACCAAAUCAUCUUAUGAACAAAAUGGCCAUUACUACCAAAAGUUCCAUAAUGCAGUAAACCCCAGCAGUCUUGAAUAUAAAAUAGAUUCAACUUACACAGACAUACAUCAUUUUGAAUGGGAGCAACAUAAAAUGAUGCAAAAUCAGGUGCAGCAGACUGCUUUGAACCAAAAUGCCUGCAGUUAUACCACCAUGACAAAUACCACCAGUGACAAAAUUGCUGAGGCUUGUCCUGGUAUUUCUUCACAUAUCAGUAGCAUCAACAACCAGGAGCAAUGUACCACACCCAUCAAUGAAUAUUCGGAGAGCUACAACUGUGAGACCAACAUUGUCACAGGGAAGACCUAUCUUAACCUUGAUAAUACAACCACAUCUCAAGAACCAAAAUUGGAUGGCAUCUCUACUACAACGCAGUCCCAUCCUGGGCUUUUGGAGAUCAACUGUCAAGUUGGAGGAAGCUCUAAUUUCGGUGAAAUUAUCAAGGAAUCCCUUGUAGAAACAGUGUCAGCUUAAAUUGAAAGUUUUUCUUUUUUUCUUUGAAAUGUUUCCUUGCAGUAUUCUUUAUGCUCCAAACUGUUAAAAAAAAUUUUGGAAGAAAAUGAAGUAUUUUCCAGUAUAGUGCUACCUUUGCAUCUUGUAUUAUAACAAGGUCAAUAUAAUACAUGUAUUGCGAGGGAUUUUGCAUUAUUGCAAAAUUUAUUGAUCUCUAUGACAUAUGCUUUUAUGAUUUUAUUUUAACCACUACUUACAUUUUCAUCUCUAAAUGAACACAGCAAGCCAUUUCCUGUACCUGUUGUCAUUUCUUAUAUGUCAUGUUUUGUAUCUUGUACAUGUGUAUAUAUUUGAUAUUGUUGUUUGUACAGUGUUGGAUAAAUGUAGAUUAAGACAGAGUGGCAAAAUUUCUAAGUCAUGAUCUGAUAUGCAUUUAUUUUUAUUUUUAAAUAGAUUUUACAUAUAUUUUGUAGAUUGCAAAUACAAUCUGCUAUCAAAUGGUUGUAUUUCACUCCAAGUUUAUAGAUCAUGUUGAACAAUAUGUCUAUUGAACAAAAUAUUGUAGUUGUUGCAUAAUCAAUGGUUUUAGAACUUUCAGUUUUUAUGCAUAUAUAUAUAUAAUGGUAUAAGUACAUUUGUUUUGACUUGUAGAUUUACUGCAAAUUUAUGAGUUUUAUUUUUGUGAAGUAUUUUUUAUGAAUCUGCAGUAGCUAGUUUUUACAUGGCUUAUUCGUGUAAACAAGUUUAUUGUAUUACAAUUUACAAAAUUUCUUCUUUUCUGUCCUUUUGUGAUGAACACAGUCCUCUAGAUGUUCCCAGUGCUUGUUGACUGACAUAACCAAGUGUUGCAUACAUUAUUGAACUUAAAUCUGAACUUUGAUUUAAUGUAUAUGAAGAAAACAAAAAUGAUUAUGUAUAGUUUUGGACCAAAUUCUAUGGAAAAGAAAAUGAUAUUUACAAAAAUUAUUUUGACUACCAGCAGUGUCAUUUUAACAUGAUAUUUAAAGCAGGUGGUAUCAGAUAUGAAGUAGAUUUGAGUGCUAAUACUUUUUGACUUACAAGUCGAGUUUUUGGUUAGAGGUAUAUCAUCAUUUGUAGACUUAUUAUUCUUGCAUCUUUGUAUUUUUUGGAAGGAAAGUGUGCCAUAUCACAUUGUUAAUGUUAUUCACCCUUUAAAUGGCUUUAAUCGCUGACGGGAAAAACUACAGCAACAUCCCUAAAUCUGUGCUUUUACUGUAAUCCUGGUGCCAAAGACAAACAAAUGUUUGAACAGCUGACAUAGGUCUAGAAACUUCUUUGUAGAUUUUACACAUUCUAUGGCUAUAAAUCUAAGGAGGACAAAAUUAUUUUGAUAAUGCAAAGUUUUUUAAAUUGAAAGUAUUUAAAACCAGUUUUGUUUUAUUUUCUAUGGAAAUAACACACUAUAAAUAGCAUGAUGCUAGUUAGGAUGUCAAUUAUAUGAAAUUAGAUUUGAAAAUUUUGACUAUAUAGCUGCACAAGUCUAAAUUUGCCCUGCUGUAGGUUUCUGCUGGAAAAUAUGCUGGCUGUUUUCAUUAUGAUUGUACAUUUGUUAUCAUUAUUACUUUAAAAAAUACUUUCAGGUCAAAGUAUUAUAUUGUUUCAAUUGUAAUUUAUUUUAAAAUGCAACCAGAAUUGCAGGUCUCUUCUUGUUAACUUUUCUACCAAUAUUUCAAAGAGUGAAUUUAUCUGCUUCAGUUGAUAUUUUACAUAAAAUGGGUGCAAUAUUGUUUUUGCAUUUCUCUAGUACAUUUACAUCUUUUCAUUGUAAUUUCUCAGCAAAACCUAGAGAGAUAAUAAAACUUUGGUGCUUUUAUGAAUUUUCAGUCUCUAUAGUUGAACUCUCUGUGCAUUAAUGUUAUCUCAAAAGAGGAAAGAGUAUAACUGUCAUGUCAAUCCUUUGUUUCUUUGUAUGUUUCUCAAGCAUGUUUAGUGGAUAAAUACUUUUAUAUAUAUUGUAAUGUGAUGCCUCUUUAUACAAAUUAUUUGCAUUGUAAUGUGUAAGUGUUAAAUGUACAAAAAGUGCAUGUGCAAUAAACAUCAAAAUAAA